UUCCUCUCUCUCUCUCUCUCAAGCAUUUUUUUUUCAUUUUUUCCUCCUGCUUUUUAUGUGGCAGAAAUGAAUUUAGUGGUGGACAAAAGUUGUCAUUCUGGGAUGAAGCAUUCAUCAUGUGUUGCUGAAUGCUGAUUCAUUUGGCCCCAUUUUGAAUUUGCUGACUUUUGCUUUCUCUCGUUUAACUCUUGUGAAUCAUGGUGACCAAAGGGAAUCCUGGAGACAAUAGGAAUAAAAGCUCGGUGUCUACGUUCAUUGUAGCUGGCCUUUGUUGUGUAUUUUUUCUUUUAGGAGCAUGGCAAAGGAGUGGCUCUGGGAAGGGAGACAACAUAGCAUAUGAGAUAACAAAAAAUGCUAAAGCUUGCAGUAUUCUAGGCAAUUUAGAAUUUGAAACACAUCAUGGCAAUAAAGCAGUUAAUGAUUCAAUGUUAGAAGUUAAGGAAUAUAAGCCUUGCGAUGAUCGAUAUAUUGAUUAUACUCCGUGUCAAGAUCAAGCGCGGGCAAUGACAUUUCCUCGGGAAGAUAUGAACUAUAGGGAGAGGCAUUGUCCAUCAGAGCAAGAGAAACUUCAUUGUCUUAUUCCAGCCCCAAAAGGAUAUGUGACUCCUUUUAGAUGGCCAAAGAGUCGUGACUAUGUACCUUAUGCAAAUGCACCUCACAAGAGCUUGACUGUUGAGAAAGCAGUUCAGAACUGGGUUCAGUAUGAAGGAAAUGUGUUUAAAUUCCCUGGUGGUGGAACACAAUUCCCUCAUGGUGCGGAUGCAUAUAUUGAACAACUAGCAUCUGUAAUUCCAAUAAAUGAUGGAACAGUUAGAACUGCAUUAGAUACUGGAUGUGGGGUAGCGAGUUGGGGUGCUUAUCUGUUCAAGAAGAAUGUUAUAACCAUGUCAUUUGCACCGAGAGAUUCACAUGAAGCACAAGUUCAAUUUGCUCUGGAAAGAGGUGUCCCAGCAGUUAUUGGUGUACUUGGAACUAUAAAGCUCCCGUACCCUUCCAGGGCAUUUGAUAUGGCUCACUGUUCUCGUUGCUUGAUUCCAUGGGGAGCAAAUGAUGGUAAAUAUAUGAUGGAAGUUGAUCGAGUGCUUAGACCUGGAGGAUAUUGGAUACUUUCUGGCCCUCCCAUCAACUGGAGAAACAGUUAUCAAGCAUGGCAACGUCCUAAAGAAGAACUUCAGGAGGAACAGAGGAAGAUUGAAGAGAUCGCUGAACUGCUUUGUUGGGAAAAGAAGCAUGAGAAGGGUGAAACUGCAAUAUGGAGGAAAAGAAUAAAUGAAGAUUACUGCAGUCGUGGAGACUCUCGUGUUACCAAGUGCAGAUCAGUGGAUGCUGAUAAUGUUUGGUACAAGAAAAUGGAGAAUUGUGUGACACCCUAUCCUGAGACAAGAAGUCAGGAAGAAGUUGCUGGUGGUGAAUUGAAGCCUUUCCCGGAAAGACUUCAUGCUAUUCCUCCAAGAGUAGAUAGUGGAUCAAUUCCUGGCGUGUCUAUUGACUCAUUUCAGGAGGACAACAGAUUAUGGAAGAAGCACAUGAGUGCCUAUAGAAGGAUAAAUAAGCUCCUUGAUUCUGGGCGAUACCGCAAUGUGAUGGAUAUGAAUGCUGGCCUGGGUAGUUUUGCCGCAGCAUUUGAAUCCCCAAAACUAUGGGUCAUGAAUGUUAUGCCAACGAUAGCUGACAGAGAUACUUUAGGAGUAAUUUUUGAGAGAGGAUUGAUUGGCAUAUACCAUGAUUGGUGCGAAGCCUUCUCCACUUAUCCCAGGACGUAUGACCUUAUUCAUGCCGAAGGAGUUUUCAGCUUGUACAAGGACAAAUGUAAUACGGAAGAUAUUCUUUUAGAGAUGGAUCGAAUCCUACGACCAGAAGGAGCGGUUAUACUACGAGAUCAUGCUGAUGUAUUAACAGAGGUGAAGAGAAUCAUUGCAGGUAUGAGGUGGAAUAUGAAAAUGUAUGAUCAUGAGGAUGGCCCUUUGGUUCCCGAAAAGAUAUUAGUUGCUGUUAAAAAGUAUUGGGUUGCUGGGGAUAAAAACUCGACGUUUUCAUAGUGUUGCGAUAGAGAAAGAGGAUUGGUAACAUUUGGCAGAUAUUACUGGCCAAGGCUUUUUUACUGCAGGUGCAAAGCCAAAACAUUUUUGGACACGCAGCUUUUAAGAAUUUAACCUUAGGGAGAAGAUGGUUAGCUCUGUCGAUAAAUCAUCAGGUUCACUUGUGUAGUUAUAGAUGAAGAUCAAAGGAUCUUCUCAUUGUCCUAUCAUAGUUCCCUCUUUUGUUUUUAACGAUAUUUUCUUUUCUGGCCUCAGAAUGAUUUCUUUCCUUUAGUUACUGGCAGUUUUGGUCUCUUUGUAGCCCUUCUUUCAAAAGGAGGGAAAAAGGAGUAGGGAUUCCACGUGCAUAUUUUCUAAUCUGUGGUUUUAGUUCUUCUGGAAAUGUAUCAUGUAUAGUUCUUGCAUCAGAAAAGAAGACAAAUUACUUUGAUUGCUUUGUGAAA